GUCAUGACGAAACCUUUAAAUGUAUUGAUUUGCAAUGACGAUGGACCACCAAAUACUGAAGAGUCUCCCUUUGUAUUGCCUUUUGUUGAACACCUUGAACAAUUAGGUUGGAAUGUCAAAGUAUGUGUUCCCAAUAGUCAAAAAUCAUGGAUAUCCAAGUCAUUUAUGAUCAUGGAUCAUAUUGAACUCAGUUACUUUCAUCGUAAAACACAUGAAAUUUCAUAUCAUCAACAAGAUCCCUCUGAUUUUAUCUUGUUAAGCGGUACACCAGCUACUUGUAUUAAUAUUGCUCUUCAUCAUUUGUUCAAGGACGAACACUUUGAUUUGGUAGUGUGUGGUCCAAAUUUCGUAUAUACACUUGCCUCAGGAACUAUUGGUUGUGCUAUGGAGGCUACACUUUGCAAUCAAAAGGCAAUCGCUUUAUCUUUUCCAUUCUAUUCACGCGAUUUUUCACCAAAUUGUAUACAAAAUGCUUGUACCAUGGCGACGGAGGUGAUACAACAAUUAUAUGAAAAGAAUAAAUGGCCUGUGGGUGGAUUAUUCAAUAUUAAUGUCCCUUUGGUGGAAGAUCGUUGUCCUAUUCAUAUGACCAAAUUUCAUCAAGGUUCUUAUGGUAGUUUAUUCAAACCACUCAAGAAUAAUAAUAAUGAUAAUAGGUCGUCGUAUACUAUUGAAGAACAAGUCCGUUUGGAAUCUGAAUCUGGAGGUGGUAGAACCAUCUUUAAAUUUAGUCCUGAUUUUAAAGCUCUGGUCAAUGCAAAAGAACCUGUCCCUGGAACAGAUGCUUGGUCUGUGGCACAACGUUGUAUUUCAGUAACACCUAUGAUUGCUGCUUUUGAAAUGGCUAAUUUAGAUAUAGAUUAUGGUGUUGGAUUGAACAAACUUUAGAAAUAAAAAAAAUAAUAUAUAUUUAUAUAU